UACGUCUAUCUUGAGCAUCGAGGGAAAACGUUUUCAAAUUCGGCCGACUUUGGCCCUAGUUUGCUGCGGCUAUAGCUGCACGUAGACAUCGGGUUCUUCUCUUCUUUCAGGCUUUACUUUUGUAUCGGAAGGCAGUCUCAAAUGCGCUGUGGUGGCACCGGUCUUUCUUUCACAACGAGCUCGGCCUUGUCGAUUAAGUACUUGCAAUUUGAUGCUUCUUCCGGAAGUAUUUAGAGGGCCGGGUUUGGCGUAGGCGGGCCCGAGUGCUGCUUUUGCGGAGAGCCCAUGGGCGGGUGCCUAUCGUCAGAUAACGGCAGCGCAGCUACGGUAGUUUCAACUGGAAAUGCUGCUGGCAUACAGAAGACACCCGGCAGGACGCCAGUGUCCGAUCCUGCACCGCAAGUCGUAUCUGCUGGGGAACCCAAGCCCCCACCAGUUGCAGAAACGCCAAUUGAGCAUGAAGCUAUCACAAUAUGCGUUAGCGGUGCCGCGAGCAAGCGUGAAGCCGGGAAGGAUGGUGCAGGGCUAACCGGGAAUGUUGCUGCUGCGCCUGAACCGGAAAAACAAAUGACUGGACCGCCGAUUACUGUCCCAACGCCAGCCGGUGCAAUAGUUCUACCGGCAAGGCUUCCAGACUCGGCGCAGAUAUCGUCAGCAACUGUGACGCCGGCCGGCAAUGUGCUGAUGCAGCUCAACCGAGCCAUGAUCUACCACGACCGCAUGGGCGCAGGCGGCGCACCGCUCCCAGCGUACCUCGCGCCGCACCUGUCCUCCAUGGACGCCGCAUCCGACUACGGCGGGUCUCUGGGGGCGCUGCCGUGCGCGAAUUUGAUGCCGCCACCAGGCGGCGUGGUGCCGGCCAAUGGCUCCCUCACCGCGGGCGGCGGCGGCGGGGGGCACGGGACGGGCAUGAUGGAUAGCAUGAUGGCUUCCAACGUCGGCGGCAGCAUGGACAGCAUGGGCGGCGACACCAUUGGCGACAGCGGCAUGUUUGAGGGGCCGGCGGCCAUGAUGGGCAGCUUUGGUAACGCUGGCUUCGGCGGCGGCGGAGGGGCAAGUGGAGGCGGCGGCAGUGCUGGCGGGCCCGGCGCCGGGGCCAACGCGCCGCAGGGCAUGCUUGCGGCGGCCGCCGCCGCGGUCGCCGCCGCCGCGCUGCCCGGCGGCCACGGCGGCGGCGGCAACGGGGGUUUCUACGGCAUGACGCGCAGCGACGACAGCACGGGCAGAUCCCUGAGCCGCGUCUCCGCCUCGCUGGGGUCCGUCGUGGCGCCCGGCAGCGCCUUCGGCGCCGGCAGCAUGAGCUUCGGCUCCAGCCUGUCGGCCACGGCACCGCUGCACGGGCUGGGCGUGGAGGCCACACUGGGCGAGAUGCAGCAGAUGGCGCUCAUCGGCAGCGGCGGCGGCGGCUGCGUGUACAUCGGCCGGUGGCGGGGCGUGACGGUGGCAGUCAAGUUCAUCGUCAGCAGCAAUGACGACCAGCUGACGCGCAGCCGGCGCGAGGCGCUGCUGAGCCGCCUGGCCAGCCACCCGCACGUGGUGCAGACCUACUCCACCAGCGUCACGCAGCUGGCGGAGGCGAUGUUCAGAGCCAAGGAAGGCGCCGGCGGCGAGGGCGGGCAGCCCGGCGGCGGCAUGGGCGCCGCCGACCCCAACAUCUCCCACGACCUGCUGGCGGGCCUCACGUCCGGAUCCUGGAUCCGAGGAGAGAUCCACGCAGCGCUGGCGCAUGGGGCCGGCGGCGGAGCCGGCGGUGGUGGCGGCGGCGGCGGGCCGCUGCCUACCAUUGUGGAGACGGUGCGCUCCUCCAUUGGCUCGGAGGCCAUGCACGGCGCCAGCCGCGGUGGCGGCACGGGCCCCGGUGGCGAGCCGGCGUCAGGGGCCGGCGGCGGCGCGCCGACUUCGGGGGGCGGGGGCGGCGAGGCGGGAGGCGGGGCGGGCGCAGGUGGCGGCGGCAGCGGCGGCGGGCGGCGCGGCUCCACGGCCAUGCUGUCCACGUGCGACAGCGAGGGCGGGCCGGACGCAUCGUCCUCCUCCGCCACCACGACGGCGCGCGACGGCGUGCGGCUGGUGGGCGCGGCGUACGACAGCGCCACGGGGCCGGCGCAGCCGGACGAGGACGGCGGCGGCAGCGCUACCCCAAGCAGCGCGUGUGUUGACGGGCGGCCGCUACAGACGGCGCUCAACGGGCCGCCGCCCCACACGGCGCCCGCCACCGCCUCCACCACACUCCAAAGCUCGCCCUCCAUCCCCACCUCCCUAGACAUGGCCGACGGCGAGGUUGCCAGUACCGGCACGCCGGCGGCGGCGGCGCCAGCCGCGGCGGCGGCCGCAGCCGCGCUAGCGAGCCGCAGCGGCGGCUCCGCCGCUGGAGCCGGCGGCGCGGCGCACGUGACGGGCGCGGCGGACAGCUUUGACGCGUCGUUUGUUCGCGACCACCUGGGUCGGGCCAAGUACUCGAUCCACGAGGUGCUGCGGCAGCUGGGCGCGCACGAAGGGCAGUUCCUGACCAUGGUGGUCAUGGAGUACUGUGACGGCGGCAGCUUGCUCGCGGCCCUGAGGGAGGGGCCCUUCCACCGCGACACCACCAGCUGGAGCCCGCGCAUGAUGCUUCGCGCCACGGUGCGCACGGCACUGGAGAUCGCACACGGCAUGCAGCACCUGCACCUCAGCGGCCUGGUGCACGGAGACCUCAAGCCAGGAAACGUGCUGCUCAAGGGCUCCAAUCAGGACAAGCGCAAGUUCGUGGCCAAGGUCAGCGACCUGGGCAUGGCGCACCCGGUGGGCGGCGCCGACGAGAUCGCCAUCAGCGACGGCCAGAUCGGCUCCAUCGCGUACAUGGCGCCCGAGGUGUUCAAGGGGCACAUGAUGAAGGCCUCCGACGUGUACUCCUUCGGGGUGGUGCUGUGGCAGAUGGUAUGCGGCACCGGUGCGUCGCCGUACGAGGGCGCGCACCCCAUGGCCAUCGCGCUGGGCGUGUCGGAGGGCAGGCUGCGGCUGCGCUGGCCGCCGGGCGUGUUCCGACCCCUACAGCAGCUGGGCGAGCUGUGCACGCAGACCGACCCCGCGGCGCGGCCCUCGAUCAAAAGCGUGGUGGGCGCGCUGGAGAAGUUGGAGCGCCACAUGCACCGACUGGCGGCGGCGGCGGCGUCCGGCGCCGGCUCGGGCGCAGGGAGUGGGGCAGGAGGGGGCGGAGGAGCAGCAGGAGGAGGGGCGCUGGCGGGAGCGGCUUCGCCGCUGGGGCCCGGCACCGUGGGGGCCGUGCCCAGUUCUACGGCUGACGCGCCCCCGUCUCGCGGGUGAAUGGGCGCCUGGCAGUGCCGUGGGAGGCUGCGGCGCGGUUGUGCGGGCGCGCGCACCGCAAGUGGGGAACGAUUGCGGUCCGUGUGCGGCUGGCAAGUACGGCAUUACGUGGAUACCGUGGGGCUAUACAAUAUACGACGGCUACCGUGACACUGGGAGUAUGCAGUACGAACUGUGAGUGCGGCAAUGAGACUGGGCUGGUCGGCCCUAAACACUGUCGGCGACGUACGGGUAACGCGUACAACGUCGGAACGCGCGUGGCCGGGGCACAUCGGGGCGCGCGUGGGCGGAUAGCUGCUGUGCCGCACCGGAGAAGGGAGCUUGGGGGACUUACCAAGCACCAAUGCAGGCCUGGGACCUUGGUCAAUGCGCACCUGUUUCUUUGCCUUCAUGAGUACUGUUGUCCCACUCGGAGAGCGUUUUGCAUGGUCGCGUGAGGUGCACCAAAUAGACAGCUGCUUUGUAUUUCCUUUCAUUCUACGAAACGAGCUGGGCUGGAGUGAGGCAAGCGGUCCGAGGGUGUUUUCGACGCGCUCAGGUGGACAAGUGCAGGCGUGCAGGGUAUACUAUCGAUCCACAACGUGUCGAGCGCGUUUGCAGUCGAUGCCCGCGUGUGCAUCGGGCAUGAAACGCGGGGUGGGAGCUAUGUCACUAUGCUGUUUGAUGGUGGAGAUGGUACGUGGAAUAUGGGUAACUACGCAGAAUGCGGAACACUUGUUUGCUUGGGAACGAGGGUUGGGUCUCUGGGCAUCAGACCAUGCCUGGAUGACAUCACAUGCCCCGUCCGUGCAUAUCACAAUUUGCCAUACGCAUUGCACGCGCAUACCAAUUGCACGGGGCUACAAUUUAUCUAUGAAAUGGAGUCAUUGCAGAAGGCAUUUCAUGUGGGCACGGCUUUUACUGCGUGUUGCGGCGCUGGCGUAGCGGCUGGCGCUGGCUCUGUCCUGAUGAAGGACAUAGGGGAAGGACAUGGGCGCGCGUUGGUUCUUCAGGUGCCGGCUAGGCGCCGUGGGAGUGGGGCAGACAAUUCCGGUUCAUCCCUGUGGUGUAGGCGGUGGACCGCGCAGAUGUUGGCAGUCGGGUAGCUUACGCGUAGUUGUGUGGUAGCUUACGCGUAGUUGUGUGGGGCGAUGGGUAGGUCGGAUGAUAUGCACCGGAUCGCACCAAGCUGCGCGCGGGGGUGCUUGCGUAUUGCAAAGCGGCAAGCGUGCUGGGCUACGACAGGAGAGGCGCGUGCCCAGCUUUGCAUGUACGGACGGGCAUCGCUGCAAUGGGGUAAUUGUGUGUGUGAUGAUCGUGUUGGAGUUGCAAGAAGGUGUUGCAAGAAUACGCGGCAAUUUUGAGCGUGGCGUUUUUGGUGGGCCCGCCUGCCCGCCUGCGGCGGCGGGGAUAAUUCGGGCGGAGCGAGAGGUGCCUUCGCACGUCCAUGGACAAUGGACUUUCGCGAGGUUGCCCGAAAAGCAAGCCAUGGCUUUGCGCAGUAUGACUUCUGUACG